AUGGCGGACACUGAGACCGUGCACAUGCACGACGCACCCUCUGCCGCCGACAAGGCGCUGGAGGAGAAGUCGCGCAAGUGGCAUCAGCUCAAUUCAAAGCGAUAUGGAGAGAAGAGGAAAUUCGGGCACGUCGAGCCGCAGAAGGAGGACAUGCCCCCCGAGCACAUCCGCAAGAUCAUCAAGGAUCACGGCGACAUGUCGAGCAAGAAGUUCAGGCACGACAAGCGCGUGUACCUGGGAGCGCUCAAGUACGUGCCGCAUGCGAUCCUCAAGCUGCUCGAGAACAUGCCGAUGCCGUGGGAGCAGGUGCGCGACGUGCCGGUGCUCUACCACAUCACGGGCGCCAUCACGUUCGUCAACCAGAUCCCGCUGGUCGUCGAGCCCAUCUACAUCGCGCAGUGGGGUUCGAUGUGGAUCAUGAUGAGGCGCGAGAAGCGAGAUCGUCGGCAUUUCAAGCGCAUGCGAUUCCCGCCGUUCGACGACGAGGAGCCGCCGCUCGACUACGGCGACAACAUCAUGGACGUCGAGCCGCUCGACCCGAUCCAGAUGGAAUUCGAGGAGAUCGAGGACGCCCCAGUCAAAGAUUGGCUGUACGACAACCGGCCGCUCGCCGACACCAAGUACAUCAACGGGCCGAGCUACAAGAGCUGGCGUCUGCCGCUCCCCAUCAUGGCCAAUCUCUACCGUCUCGCCAGCCAGCUGCUCAGCGACCUCAACGACAAGAACUACUUCUACCUCUUCGACACCAAGUCCUUCUUCACGGCCAAGGCGCUCAACAUGGCCAUCCCCGGCGGCCCCAAAUUCGAGCCCAUGUACCGCGACAUCGACGAGGCCGACGAGGACUGGAACGAGUUCAACGACAUCAACAAACUCAUCAUCCGCCACCAGCUGCGCACGGAGUACAAGGUCGCGUUCCCCUACCUCUACAACAACCGCCCGAGGAGCGUGCACAUCACCCCCUACCACCACCCGCUCUCCGUCUACAUCAAGACCGACGACCCCGAUCUGCCGGCGUUCUACUUCGACCCGCUCAUCAACCCCAUCGCGUCGUGGCGAGGCGAGAAGGGCCGCGGCGGCGACGGCGACGACGACGAGUUCGACGACGACGAGGAGGCCCCGUUCGCGCUGCCGGAGGGCGUCGAGCCGCUGCUCAAGGACACCGACCUCUUCACCGACAACACGGCCAGCGGCAUCGCGCUCUACUGGGCGCCGCGCCCGUUCAACCUCCGCUCGGGCCGCACGAGGCGCGCGCAGGACGUGCCGCUCGUCAAGUCGUGGUACAUGGAGCACUGCCCGCAGAACCACCCGGUCAAGGUCCGCGUGAGCUACCAGAAGCUGCUCAAGUGCUACGUGCUCAACCAGCUCAAGCACCGGCCGCCGAAGGCGCUCAACAAGCGCUACCUCUUCCGCUCGCUGGCGGCGACCAAGUUCUUCCAGUCGACGGAGCUCGAUUGGGUGGAGGCCGGUCUGCAGGUGUGUCGGCAGGGCUACAACAUGCUCAACCUCCUCAUCCACCGCAAGAACCUCAACUACCUCCACCUCGACUACAACUUCAACCUCAAGCCCGUCAAGACGCUCACCACCAAGGAGCGCAAGAAGUCGCGUUUCGGUAACGCCUUCCAUCUGUGUCGCGAGAUCCUCCGGCUCACGAAGCUCGUCGUCGACGCCAACGUCCACUUCCGCCUCGGCCACGUCGACGCCUUCCAGCUCGCCGACGGCCUCCAGUACAUCUUCGCGCACGUUGGCCAGCUCACCGGCAUGUACCGAUACAAGUACCGCCUCAUGCGCCAGAUCCGCAUGUGCAAGGACCUCAAGCACCUCAUCUACUACCGCUUCAACACCGGUCCCGUCGGCAAGGGUCCCGGCUGCGGCGUCUGGGCGCCGGCCUGGCGCGUGUGGCUCUUCUUCCUCCGCGGCGUCGUGCCGCUGCUCGAGCGGUGGCUGGGCAACCUGCUCGCCAGGCAGUUCGAGGGCCGCCACUCCAAGGGCAUCGCCAAGACCGUCACCAAGCAGCGCGUGGAGAGCCACUUCGAUCUCGAGCUCAGGGCCGCGGUCAUGCACGACAUCCUCGACAUGAUGCCCGAGGGCAUCCGGGCCAACAAGUCGCGCACCAUCCUCCAGCACCUCAGCGAGGCGUGGCGCUGCUGGAAGGCCAACAUCCCGUGGAAGGUGCCCGGCCUGCCGGCGCCGAUCGAGAACAUGAUCCUGCGCUACGUCAAGUCCAAGGCCGACUGGUGGACCAACGUCGCGCACUACAACCGCGAGCGCAUCCGCCGGGGCGCCACCGUCGACAAGACCGUGUGCAAGAAGAACCUCGGUCGGCUCACGCGGCUGUGGCUCAAGGCCGAGCAGGAGCGGCAGCACAACUACCUCAAGGACGGGCCGUACAUCACCGCCGAGGAGGCCGUCGCGAUCUACACCACGACGGUGCACUGGCUCGAGAGCCGCAAGUUCUCGCCGAUCCCGUUCCCGCCGCUCAACUACAAGCACGACACGAAGCUGCUCAUCCUGUCGCUCGAGCACCUCAAGGAGGCCUACAGCGUCAAGAGCCGGCUCAACCAGUCGCAGCGCGAGGAGCUCGGCCUCGUCGAGCAGGCCUACGACAACCCGCACGAGGCCCUGUCGCGGAUCAAGCGCCACCUCCUCACGCAGCGGGCCUUCAAGGAGCUGGGCAUCGAGUUCAUGGACCUCUACAGCUACCUGAUCCCGGUCUACGACAUCGAGCCGCUCGAGAAGAUCACCGACGCCUACCUCGACCAGUACGUGUGGUAUGAGGCCGACAAGCGUCACCUCUUCCCCAACUGGAUCAAGCCCGCCGACACCGAGCCGCCGCCGCUCCUCACCUACAAGUGGUGCCAGGGCAUCAACAACCUCACCAACGUGUGGGACACGAGCGAGGGCGAGUGCGUCGUGCUGAUGGAGACCAAGCUCGAGAAGGUCUACGAGAAGAUCGAUCUCACGCUGCUCAACCGGCUCCUGCGCCUCAUCCUCGACCACAACAUCGCCGACUACAUGACGGCCAAGAACAACGUGGUCAUGAACUACAAGGACAUGAACCACACCAACUCGUACGGCCUCAUCCGCGGCCUCCAGUUCGCGUCGUUCAUCUUCCAGUACUACGGCCUCGUGCUCGACCUCCUCGUGCUCGGCCUCACCCGCGCGUCGGAGAUCGCCGGCCCGCCGCAGAUGCCCAACGACUUCCUCACCUUCCGCUCCGUCGAGGAGGAGACCCGCCACCCGAUCCGCCUCUACUCGCGCUACAUCGACCGGAUCCACAUGUGCUUCCGCUUCACGCACGACGAGGCCAAGGAGCUCAUCCAGCGCUACCUCACCGAGCACCCGGACCCCAACAACGAGAACAUCGUCGGCUACAACAACAAGAAGUGCUGGCCCCGCGACGCCCGCAUGCGCCUCAUGAAGCACGACGUCAACCUCGGCCGCGCCGUCUUCUGGGACAUCAAGAACCGGCUCCUGCGGUCGCUCACCACGAUCGAGUGGGACAACUCGUUCCUCUCGGUCUACAGCAAGGACAACCCCAACCUGCUGUUCGCCAUGUGCGGCUUCGAAGUCCGCAUCCUGCCCAAGUGCCGCUCGCUCAACGAGGAGUUCACCCAGCAGGACGGCGUGUGGAACCUCCAGAACGAGAACACCAAGGAGCGCACGGCGCAGGCCUUCCUGCGCGUCGACGAGGAGUCGCUCGGCCGCUUCGAGAACCGCAUCCGCAUGGUGCUCAUGGCCUCGGGCUCCACCACCUUCACCAAGAUCGUCAACAAGUGGAACACGUCGCUCAUCGGCCUCAUGACCUACUACCGCGAGGCCACCGUCCACACCCAGGAGCUGCUCGACCUCCUCGUCAAGUGCGAGAACAAGAUCCAGACCCGCGUCAAGAUCGGCCUCAACUCGAAGAUGCCCUCCCGCUUCCCGCCCGUCGUCUUCUACACCCCGAAGGAGCUCGGCGGCCUCGGCAUGCUCUCAAUGGGCCACGUGCUCAUCCCCCAGUCCGACCUCCGCUACUCGAAGCAGACCAACGUCGGCACGACGCACUUCCGGAGCGGUAUGUCGCACGAGGAGGACCAGCUGAUUCCGAACCUCUACCGCUACAUCCAGCCGUGGGAGCAGGAGUUCAUCGACUCGCAGCGCGUGUGGGCCGAGUACGCGCUCAAGCGGCAGGAGGCCAACGCGCAGAACAAGCGGCUCACGCUCGAGGACCUCGAGGACUCGUGGGACCGCGGCAUCCCGCGGAUCAACACGCUCUUCCAGAAGGACCGCCACACGCUGGCCUACGACAAGGGCUGGCGUCUGCGCACGGACUGGAAGCAGUACCAGGUCCUCAAGCAGAACCCGUUCUGGUGGACCCACCAGCGCCACGACGGCAAGCUGUGGAACCUCAACAACUACCGGACGGACAUGAUCCAGGCGCUGGGCGGCGUGGAGGGCAUCCUCGAGCACACGCUGUUCAAGGGCACCUACUUCCCGACGUGGGAGGGUCUCUUCUGGGAGAAGGCGUCGGGCUUCGAGGAGUCGAUGAAGUACAAGAAGCUCACCAACGCGCAGCGCUCGGGUCUCAACCAGAUCCCGAACCGUCGGUUCACGCUCUGGUGGUCGCCGACGAUCAACCGCGCCAACGUCUACGUCGGCUUCCAAGUGCAGCUCGACCUGACGGGCAUCUUCAUGCACGGCAAGAUCCCCACGCUCAAGAUCUCGCUCAUCCAGAUCUUCCGCGCGCAUCUCUGGCAGAAGGUCCACGAGAGCGUCGUGAUGGAUCUGUGCCAGGUGUUCGACCAGGAGCUCGACGCGCUCGAGAUCGAGACGGUGCAGAAGGAGACGAUCCACCCGCGCAAGUCCUACAAGAUGAACUCGUCGUGCGCCGACGUGCUCCUCUUCGCCGCGUACAAGUGGCCCGUGUCGAAGCCCUCGCUCCUGACCGACACCAACGACGUCUUCGACUCGCACACGACCAAGUACUGGAUCGACGUCCAGCUCCGCUGGGGCGACUACGACUCGCACGACAUCGAGCGCUACGCGCGCGCCAAGUUCCUCGACUACACGACCGACAACAUGAGCAUCUACCCGUCGCCCACCGGCGUGCUCAUCGCGCUCGACCUGGCCUACAACCUCUACAGCGCCUUCGGCAACUGGUUCACCGGCGUCAAGCCCCUGCUCGGCCAGGCCAUGGCCAAGAUCAUGAAGUCGAACCCGGCCCUCUACGUGCUCCGCGAGCGCAUCCGCAAGGGCCUCCAGCUCUACUCGUCCGAGCCCACCGAGCCCUACCUGUCGUCGCAGAACUACGGCGAGCUCUUCUCCAACCAGAUCAUCUGGUUCGUCGACGACACCAACGUCUACCGCGUCACCAUCCACAAGACGUUCGAGGGUAACUUGACGACCAAGCCCAUCAACGGCGGCAUCUUCAUCUUCAACCCGCGCACCGGCCAGCUCUUCCUCAAGAUCAUCCACACGUCGGUGUGGGCCGGCCAGAAGCGUCUCGGCCAGCUGGCCAAGUGGAAGACGGCCGAGGAGGUGGCGGCGCUCAUCCGGUCGCUGCCCGUCGAGGAGCAGCCCAAGCAGAUCAUCGUCACGCGCAAGGGCAUGCUCGACCCGCUCGAGGUGCACCUGCUCGACUUCCCCAACAUCGUCAUCAAGGGCUCCGAGCUCCAGCUGCCCUUCCAGGCGUGCCUCAAGAUCGAGAAGUUCGGCGACCUCAUCCUCAAGGCCACCGAGCCGCAGAUGGUGCUCUUCAACAUCUACGACGACUGGCUCAAGACGAUCUCGUCCUACACGGCCUUCUCGCGACUGGUGCUCAUCCUGCGUUCGCUGCACGUCAACCACGAGAAGACGCGCGUCAUCCUCAAGCCCGACAAGACCGUGGUCACGCAGCCGCACCACAUCUGGCCCUCGCUCAACGACGAGCAGUGGAUCAAGGUCGAGGUGUCGCUCAAGGACCUCAUCCUCUCCGACUACGGCAAGAAGAACAACGUCAACGUGGCCUCGCUCACGCAGUCGGAGAUCCGCGACAUCAUCCUCGGCAUGGAGAUCUCGCCGCCGUCGGAGCAGCGCCAGCAGAUCGCCGAGAUCGAGAAGCAGACCAAGGAGGCCAGCCAGCUGACGGCGGUGACGACCAAGACCACCAACGUGCACGGCGACGAGAUCACCGUCACCACGACCUCGCCCUACGGCCAGAAGAUGUUCACCUCCAAGACCGACUGGCGCGUGCGGGCCAUCUCGGCGACCAACCUCCACCUCCGUACCAACCACAUCUACGUCUCGUCGGACGACGUCAAGGAGACGGGCUUCACCUACGUGCUGCCCAAGAACGUGCUCAAGAAGUUCAUCACCAUCUCCGACCUCCGCACGCAGGUGGCCGGCUUCAUGUACGGCAUCAGCCCGCCGGACAACCCGAUGGUCAAGGAGAUCCGCUGCAUCGUCAUGCCGCCGCAGUGGGGCACGCACCAGGAGGUCAACCUGCCCCACCAGCUCCCCGAGCACGAGUACCUCGCCGACAUGGAGCCCCUCGGCUGGAUCCACACCCAGCCCAACGAGCUCCCGCAGCUCCCGCCCGGCGACGUCAUCACCCACGCCGGCAUCAUGACCGACAACAAGGCCUGGGACGCCGAGAAGGCCAUCGUCAUCACCGUCUCCUUCACCCCCGGCUCCUGCUCCCUCACCGCCUACAAGCUCACCCCCGCCGGCUACACCUGGGGCCAGCAGAACCGCGACAACCACACCCACAACUUCUCCGGCUACUCCCCGCUCUUCUACGAGAAGGUGCCCAUGCUCCUCUCCGACCGCUUCCUCGGCUUCUACAUGGUCCCCGAGCACGGCAUGUGGAACUACAACUUCUCCGGCGUCAAGCACAACCCCAACAUGAAGUACUCGCUCGUCCUCGCCAACCCGCGCGAGUUCUACAACGAGGCCUUCCGCCCCACCCACUUCCUCUCCUGGGUCUCCUCCGAGGACACCGCCACCGCCGAAGGAGGAGCCGACGACGGACUCGACGCCGACCGCGAGAACCUCUUCGACUAA